AUCUGGGGCCGCAGCGUCUGUCUACUGGGCCUCCGGGUUAUUUCUGGCGGGUGGCAGCGCUGUGGUCGGUUUGGCCGGGGUGCUGGGGCCUGGCAGGGGCGGGGCGGCAUUAUCACUUGGCUCUCCAGCCAACGCUCAGCGCUCCAGAACAAGCCAGGUCACCAUCCUCUCGCCAUGGGCUCCGGGCCGCGCCGGGCGCUGAGCCUGCUGCUCCUGCUGCUAGCGCCGCCCAGCCGCCCAGUCGCGGGCUGCCCCGCGCCGUGUGGCUGUGCGGGGACGCGCGUGGACUGCGGGCGCCGCGGGCUGACAUGGGCCUCGCUGCCCGCCGCCUUCCCGCCGGACACGACUGAACUGGUGCUGACGGGCAACAAUCUGACGGCGCUGCCGCCGGGGCUGCUGGACUCGCUGCCCGUGCUGCGCGCCGCGCACCUGGGCGGCAAGCCCUGGCGCUGCGACUGCCGCCUGGUGCCACUGCGCGCCUGGUUGGCCGGCCGGCCCGAGCGCGCGCCCUACCGCGACCUGCGCUGCGCCGCGCCCCCGGCGCUGCGCGGCCGCCUGCUGCCCUACCUGGCGGAAGACGAGCUGCGCGCCGCCUGUGCGCCGGGCGCGCUCUGCUGGGGGGCGCUGGCAGCGCAGCUCCUGCUGCUCGGCCUCGGGCUCCUGCACGCGCUGCUGCUGCUGCUGCUGCUGUGUCGCCUGCGCCGGCUGCGCGCCCGCGCCCACGCCGCACACCCGUUGUCGCUGACCGCCCCGCUGGUGGCGGAGACGGCCGGAGCCAGCGAGUUCUACGAGUAAUCCUGAGAGGCGCUGAGCGACGCGGACGUGCCAGCCCGACAGGACCCUGCUCCAAGGAGCCCUCGCCCUGACCCGGACCGGGGCUCGUCCUCCGCCUGGGCACAGUCUUCCAGACCCCCCCCCCCCCCCCUGCGGGCCCCGGGCCACACGCGCCCCUCUGCAGCGAGGCGAGCCAAAGCCCAGGACGCUUAGGCGGGUCAAGGGGGUGAGCCGCAGCCCAGCCCCUGCGAGGUUCCCCACACCAAACUCCAGUGCAGAAUAAACCCUUCUCCCAAUCUGA